AUGAGUUAAUAGAAAUUGCUUAUGUGUUAACUUAUAGAACAUAUAGGUGAAGAUAUAUAAGGUUUUUGUUUCAACCUGAGUUGCUAAUAUUUAAGAUCUUAGUUCUGUCUUCAAUGUGGAAUUGAUCCUAUGAAAAAUCUUAAAAAAGACUUAAAAGGAUUUGGUUAAGUUUAAAGUUUUGUCACUAAAUUCAAUAAAUCUAUAUGUGAAUUAACAAAUUAAUUGAAUGAAUCCUUUGGAUAAAUCAAAAUAAAAUAUGAAGAAUCUUCAAAAUAAUUGGAAAACAUGAAAAAAUAAUUAUUUAAACUAUCUGAAUGUAAAAGUUAAUAAGAUUAUCAAUAAAUGAAGGAUAAUUUACAGUUGAUUAAGGAGUGGUAUUAAUAUUACAAUAAUGAAGAGAAGAUUUCUGAAAUUAAUUAAAUAGGUAUUAGUGAAAUUUAUAUUUAUAAGAAAUUCUCAAUUAUCUUUUAGUAUGAAAUAUUUAAUUAUUGAAAAUAUUAAAAGAAUGAUACAUGCUUUUGAUUUAGACAAAUAAUUUUAGCAACAAAUACCAAUUAUUGAAUAAGGAAAUUAAAGCUUACUUUAAGAAGGUAUUCUAUUUACUUAAAUUUUUUAUAUAGGAAUACAAUUACUAAAUUAGUAUAAAUUAUAGGAGGCUUAAGAUCUAAUGUCCUAAUAUUUAAAAUAAUGGAAAAAAAAUAUCAUUUGCUAAAAUCCUUUUUAUGUAUAUUUAUUAAUAUUAGGUGUUUCUUUAAUUGAAAAGAUCAGCCAGGAAAAGGCAAAAUAAUGAGAGAUUAGGCUAAAGAGAUUAAUGA